AAUUGUGAUACGUAUAUUUGGCGUAAUAACUAUCGUUUGGACUGCGAAGAGAGAAAAACAAGCGUAAAAGCCAAGCUAAACCAGUAAGCAUCUCUCACUCCAAACUCGGCCAUUCUUCUUCACAGUGAGUGAUUUUUGAGUUUUGCGCUUCGGACUAAAUAGAUUUCUUGCGCUUUUCCGCAAACAACAAACAAUAUUUAGAGAGAGAAACCAGAGACGGCUUCGCAAUGACGAACUCCGCCGUGCAACAGAGCCGAUCGAGGGACCUCGACAAGCUUCUCCUCCGCCCCGGCAACCUCGUGGAACCCGCCUUCGAGCCCGGCCCCGGUCUGAGAGAGGACCUUAAAGAGUUAGUGAAGGUUUUGGUGGUUGGGGCUGGUGGAUUGGGGUGUGAGCUGCUUAAGGACUUGGCUUUGUCUGGUUUUAGAGAGCUCGAGGUCAUAGAUAUGGAUCGUAUUGAGGUUUCCAAUCUCAAUCGUCAAUUCCUCUUCAGACUUGAAGACGUUGGUAAGCCUAAGGCUGAGGUGGCUGCAAAACAUGUCAUGGAAAGAGUUAGUGGUGUGAAUAUUGUGCCACACUUUGGCAGGAUUGAAGACAAAGAGCUUGAUUUUUAUAGUAAUUUCAACAUUAUUGCCCUUGGUCUUGAUUCUAUUGAGGCUCGGAGCUACAUUAAUGCUGUAGCUUGUAGUUUUCUGGAGUAUGAUUCUAAUGAUAACCCAUUAGAAGAAACAAUCAAGCCUAUGGUAGAUGGUGGCACUGAGGGUUUUAAGGGCCAUGCAAGGGUCAUCAUGCCAGGGGUGACGCCUUGCUUUGAGUGUACCAUCUGGCUUUUCCCUCCUCAAGUGAAGUUCCCUUUAUGCACCCUUGCAGAAACGCCUAGAAAUGCUGCUCAUUGUAUUGAAUAUGCUCACUUAAUUAAAUGGGAUGAGGUUCAUAGUGGAAAGGCUUUUGAUCCUGAUGACCCGGAACAUAUGAAGUGGGUCUAUGAUGAGGCUGUAAAGAGAGCUGAGCUUUUUGGCAUUCCAGGAGUUACUUAUUCUCUUACUCAGGGUGUUGUGAAGAAUAUCAUACCUGCCAUUGCUUCCACCAAUGCAAUUAUUUCAGCUGCUUGUGCACUAGAAACAUUGAAGAUCGUAUCUGGAUGCAGCAAAACAUUGUCAAACUACUUAACGUACAAUGGUGCGGAAGGUCUCCACACUAAAGUGACCGAAUUUGUCAAGGACAAGGACUGUCUUGUAUGUGGUCCAGGAGUUCUGGUUGAGCUAGAGACUUCAGUAACAUUAGAAAAGUUUAUCGGUUUACUCGAGGAGCACCCGAAGCUGCAGUUGUCGAAGGCGAGCAUCUCACAUCGAGGGAAGAAUCUAUACAUGCAGGCACCUCCAGUGCUUGAGGAGAUGACCAGAUCAAACCUAGGCUUGCCACUUUUUGACCUGAUGGGUAAAAUUUCCAAGGAUGUUGUCCAUGCAACUGGUACAAUCAUUACGAGUGACAAGAAGAUUUCCUGUUUGAGAAAAUUACGUGUUGUUUUCAAGGGAGUUGAUGGAGUUGCAGAUAUGGAUACAGCUGGUGGGGCAUAAUUUUUAUUUUUAUUUUUAUUUUAAAUUUUUUUUUUUUUGGGUACUCGAUCUAGAUCUAAUUUGGAGCUUAGAACUCGGAAAGACUUCAAAAGACAUUGCUCUCUCUCUGUCUUUUUGCAAUUAUUGCAUCUUUGAUGGGGGGAUAA